AAAGGAUGCAGGAAAUUCUGUUGUUUACACAUGUGUUUGUAACACUGAGAAGCAAGAGCAGCCCAGCGAGCCCAGAGGGAGUGAAAUUAGAUUAAGAAUCAAAAGAUGAAUCUCAGCUGUGCUCAGAAACUAACUGAAGAGUCACAGGUUUUUAGGGCCCAACCAAGACAACAUUAUGAAUUAGCUGGAGGUAGCCAACCAGCUACCAAUUUGUGUAAUUCAAAACUCUCAUCUCAAAGUUUCUACCCAUAUUCAUCUAAUUAUCCAUAUGUGUAUAUAAAUAACAGCAGCAACUGGGAAAUUUAUGAAGCAAUAAGAACUAAGGAACUGGAAGAAGUCAAAGCUAGAGCUGCCCAAAUGGAGAAGACCAUGCGCUGGUGGUCAGAUUGCACUGCUAACUGGAGGGAGAAAUGGAGCAAAGUUAGAGCAGAAAGAAAUAAAGCUCUAGAGGAAGCAAGACAACUGAGAAUCAAAUUAGAGAUUGUUGUGAAAGAGCUGAGUAUGCUGAAAAAGAUAAACAAAGAUUUAGUGAGUGAGAAGGAGAAUUUUAAAAACAUCAUUUCUUGGGAAAAAGAAUCCAGUUGUUCAGAAAAGCUGUAUAUAAAAGAAGACCUAAACCAGUUAAUAUCUCUGGAACAAGAACCUGUGGAAGAUAUGAGCAAAACCAAUGAAAUUCCAGUGACACAAGACACAAAGAAGGAUGCAGAGGUAGUCAAAGAAGCUUUAAGAAGCAAUCAAAAUAAAAAAAUUACUCCAAAGCCUCCUGAUUCUUUUCCCAAAGGAGUUUCCACGAUUUAUUUGGAAGAACCUAAAAAAAGGCUGGACGAUAUAGCUAAGACAUCGGAAAAUGAUUUCAUACAUGUUUCUGUCUUGCAUUUGCAUUUGGCUGAGCUGCAAAAAAUCUUACAGAACGAAAGAGAAAUGAAUGUGUUUCUGGAAAAAGAGGUAGAAAAGAUGGAAAAUGAUUUAUCUCUUUGGAAAUGGAAAUAUGAAAAACUAAGACAAUCCAAGCUGAAAAGUCUGCAACAGGAGCUCCAAAAUCUGCAGCAUUCCUACAGCAAACUAAAAAAGGAGUGUCAAGAAAAAGUAAUGGAACUGGUGUAUGCAAACAAAAAAGUAGAAGAGCAUGAAACUGAAGUUAAAAUAUUGAGAAUUCGUGUUGAAGACUUAGAAAGGGAGCUGAACCAGUCAGAAGAUGAGAAUAAAGAGAUAGAAGAAAGUGAACUCAGGAUUUGGGACCAGACAAAGUUCCUUGUAUGUUGCUGGAGACUCCACCAAGACAGUGAAUGAAGAUGAUGGAGAUUAUCAGAGCCCUACUGUGACAAGGCUAACAGUAAUGAAGAGGAUCAAAAGACUUAAAGUCUUUAUGAAGACUUAUAGGAAAAUUACCUUGAAGGAGUACAUGCCAGACCUAUAUACAUAUAAAUACUAUAUGCAUUAUUUUUAUUUGAAAUUUGUAGUAAGAAUCAAAGAAAAUAUAAUAGAGUCAGUGUAUACCAACUUCAGAAUUUUAGUCAACAGAUGUCUUUUCUUCCUCCCCAGUUGUCUUAAUUACUGGCUUCUAAAGCAAAAGGUGCACUCUAAUGUGGCCCAUAUUUUAUCUUUGGGAAAAAAAUAAUUUAAAAUCUACAAGGUAUAGGAGAGAGAGUUCAAAUUCUGUUCUGGGAAGAAAGUGAGACUGAGGUGGAAAUUAAUGCACUGUUCCUUGCUUUAGUGCUGGGGGGGGGUAAGAGAGGUUGUUUUGUUUUGUUUUUUUGUUUGAUUGUUUGUUUGUUUAAAAAAAAAAAGAGCAAAUAACUCCAGUUCUCUGUUUCUCAGCUCUACCAGGGUAACAUAGGGAUUAUGCCUGUCUUUCAUAAAAAAAUUGUAAAAUUUGAAGAGAUCCUUAUAUUAGAAACAUAUAAAUAUUAUUACUUAUACAUUUAGAUUAAGAAAUUCC